GAUCUGUUUAGCAUUUUGAUCGUGGUAUUUUCAUCACUGGUGGAAGCCUUUGGCUACUCGUACCUCGGCUCGGAGCUAUCCGAGCAGGCCGUGACAGUUGGCGCCGCCUGCUACGAACUGCCCUGGUACGAGAGCUCGAGCGCGGAGCUGACCCUGGCUUGCCGGCGAAUAAUCCAACGCAGCCUGAAAGCGACGCGGCUCACCGGACUUAAAAUGUUCUCCAUCGAUUUGAAAACAUAUGGGAAUAUCGUAAAUAUUUCAUACUCAUACUAUUUGAUUCUGAAGGAUGUGCUUGAUGUUUUGUAAGAACAAUUUCAAUGAAGAAUUCUUCAAAUCAUUAAGAAACAUGGAAGGUAAAUAAAAACAUGAAUAUUGAAAGUAACUUGCAUGCUAAAUUUGAUAGAUGAUAACAUUCAACAAAAGAAAAAUUGCAUGCAAGAAGAGAUGUCAGACACAACGAUAUCUACUAUUGAAUAAAAAAAACAUAAUAUGGUAGAUA